AACCCUGUCCCUUUCCAACUGCACGGCUUCGCUGACCCCGCGGACCGGCUCAACUUGAAAGCGUUGUUCCCAAACUCUUGCCGCAGACGCCGGCGAGAGCUUCGGGCACUUCUGCAAGAGGAGCAGCCCGCUCGCUCCGGGCACAUCCGCACACCGCUCCGCGGCCCUCACUUCAGGAGCAAAUGCCAGCAUGACUGGGAUCUGAGGAGGCAUCUCUGUGUUCUUACCAGAAGUUUGUGGCUCCAGAGGAAGGGGUGCAAGGACAACGGGAACAUUUUGAGCUAAAAUGGAUAUCCCCACCGAUUUGGUGCCAUCCUCCAUGAUGUCACAGCCUGAGGUGAUCGAGUCCACAGCCAUGAGUGAACCACAGUGCUACUACAAUGAAACCAUUGCCUUCUUUUAUAACCGGAGUGGAAAAUAUCUAGCCACUGAAUGGAACACUGUCAGCAAGCUCGUAAUGGGCUUGGGGAUUACCGUCUGCAUCUUCAUCAUGCUAGCCAACCUCUUGGUUAUGGUGGCUAUUUAUGUCAACCGCCGAUUCCACUUUCCUAUUUAUUACUUAAUGGCCAACUUAGCUGCUGCGGACUUUUUUGCAGGGCUGGCCUACUUUUACUUAAUGUUCAACACAGGACCUAAUACUAGAAGACUGACUGUAAGCACCUGGCUUCUCCGUCAGGGUCUCAUUGACACUAGCCUGACAGCCUCUGUGGCCAAUCUGUUAGCCAUCGCUAUCGAGCGGCACAUUACAGUCUUUCGCAUGCAGCUACAUACUCGGAUGAGCAACCGGCGAGUGGUGGUGGUAAUUGUUGUUAUCUGGACUAUGGCCAUCGUAAUGGGUGCCAUACCAAGUGUCGGAUGGAACUGUAUUUGUGAUAUCACUCACUGCUCCAACAUGGCACCGCUCUAUAGUGACUCCUACCUGGUCUUCUGGGCUAUUUUCAACCUGGUCACUUUUGUGGUCAUGGUGGUCCUAUAUGCUCAUAUCUUUGGGUAUGUCCGCCAAAGGACUAUGAGAAUGUCCAGACACAGUUCUGGACCUCGCAGGAAUCGGGACACCAUGAUGAGCCUCCUGAAGACUGUGGUCAUUGUGCUUGGUGCUUUCAUAAUCUGCUGGACCCCAGGACUAGUCUUGCUUCUCCUUGAUGUGUGCUGCCCACAGUGCAAUGUCUUGGCCUACGAGAAGUUCUUUCUGCUCCUGGCAGAGUUCAACUCCGCUAUGAACCCCAUCAUCUACUCCUACCGGGACAAGGAGAUGAGCGCGACCUUCAAGCAGAUCCUCUGCUGCCAGCGCAGCGAGAGUGCCAACGGCCCCACCGAAGGCUCCGACCGCUCGGCCUCCUCGCUCAACCACACCAUCCUGGCCGGCGUUCACAGCAACGACCACUCGGUGGUGUGAAGGCCCCGCUGGCCGCCCCACCAGUGGAGCUGCCCAGGGAGGUAACCCACUCACAAGAUUUUCUCAAACACUAAUGGACCACAAGCGCUUCUCUUGCAGGGAGUCUGGUGCGGCGCUGUGCCAGCAUCGCCGUUCUGCGAGGCCUUUGCCUUCUGCUUGUGGAAGGUGGAAAGCAGAGAUCUUGCAGCAGAGCUGGUCCCUGGGGAGCCUCGCUGACACUUCGUCGGCCCUUGCAGCGCCAUAGUGCCAAUCUGAAUAAACUGAUUAAUUAAGCUUAUACUUGCUUCACUGCAUUUACAUGUAGCCACUUAGUCUUUUUAAAAAGGGAGUAAAGGGGAUAAAAGUAUGCCUUUCAUUUAAUAGACGUGUAAUAUUUAUCACCAUCAGCAUGCUUUUGAUGAACAUUUUCUGUGCAGGGAGUAAAACUAUGUUGUAGUCUUCGUAUCCUUAGCCACACUGCCAUAACUACAGUAAGAGCAAAAGUAUUUUUUCUAAUACAGGCAACAGGAAGAUGAUGGGAACUGACUCUCUUUACCUUCGUUACUGGUGUUAGAAAGCAUGCAUGUUCUGUGUGUAUGCGCGUUGUUCUAAUUAUGGGGGGGGAAAAGCUCGUUGUAAAGUCUGCAGGAAAGUAGAAAAGCGUAGACUGUAUUCCAGUGUUUGUUUAGAUUAUGAAAUAAACAGUACUCUAGUCACAAGGUAUUUAAUGUUCUUCUUUGAAGUGUGGUAUGAAAUGUGUAACAUGUGAGGGGUCCCAAGUUUUUCAGGGUCAAGUUCUUAAGGCAGGACACAUCUCUAGAACUACAGUAAUGUUGGUAAGCUUGAAAAAAAAAAUG